AUGACGGCGAAGCUCCAGCCCCGCUUCCCUCUCUCUCCCUGCCGCACAUCUGGCCAGCCGCUGCAUGAGGAGGGCAUGCUCAGGAACGUCAGGAAGGACUGUGUUUCCUACCUCCCUGUUUUCCUCGUCGAAAAUCCAAAGAACUGGUCUGAAGCUCAGAACUACUGCAAGUGGAAGUACACCGACCUGGCCUCUGUGCACAAUGAGCAAGACUUGGCUCAGCUCAAUGAACUUUUAGAAGGGAAGCUCAACACCUGGAUCGGACUGCAGGCUGACGCUGAGGCUUGGAAGUGGUCUUUGCAAAAACCAGGAUUCUAUGGUGAAGGAGAGGCUGGGUUCAGGAUGUGGAAUGCUGAUGAACCCAAUGGUGGCCCAGCAUACUACAAACUAUGUGCAGCAAUGUAUUACAGCAGUGGAUGGGUGGAUGCCAUUUGCUCGUGGUCUUUGAAAUUUAUUUGCUACAACGGCACGGGAGGAACAAACGACACUUCAUCGAGCUUCAUCUUCGUCGCUGAGCUUAAGAGCUGGGAGGAGGCUCAGAGCUACUGCAGGGAGCACUACACUGACCUGGCCAGUGUGAGGAACCAAGCCGAGAAUGACCAGAUAAGGAAGAUGACCAAAGACAACGCAUAUACAUGGAUCGGCCUCUACAGAGACUCAUGGAAGUGGUCAGAUGGGAGCACACAUUCAUUCGCUAACUGGGCGACCAAUGCACCAUCCGUCACAUACUCCCACUCUUGUGCCGUUUCAAACUUUGGCAAAUGGCAGAACGCGGACUGCAACAUGCCGCGGAACUUUGUAUGUUACAGUGUUCCCACUGUGAGGAGGCAGGUGGUGAGGGUGGCGCUGAAAACAGACGCCUCUGUGGACAUGGAGGAGCUGAAGGACGACAUCUUGCAGAAGUUAAACCAGAGACUGAAGGAUCACGAUGUGGGUGAAGACAUGAAACUGAGAUGGGUGGAGCAGCCUGAUGGAAAGGUCUUCCACAAGAAAGACACAGACAAGAAGGAGACUAACUACUGUAGUCACCAGUGAUGCUGUAAAUCAUCACACUACGCUCUUUUUAAGUGCACGGAUGCUUUCGGUUGUAGGCUCAGCAUCCAGCAUCUUCACGUCCCCACACCCAUGAUGAUCAUUUCCCUGUUCAGAGUGUGAAAACGACUCUGGAGCUUUGUUAAGACUGUAAAAAUAACCCAGAUGAUGCCAUCGGGGUUAUCUCUGCUGAAAGGAUAACAUAAUAACAGUGCUCUACUAAAAAGUUGGUACCAAAUAAAGUUAAUGAUGAAUUUCUUCUUUUUUUGUAUCGGAAAAUUUGGAAUAGAACAUAUUUUUGUGAAAUCAUAGCCACUACCUACCGAACCACAACCCUUAACUUAACCUAAAUGUAACCUUAGCCCAGUCCCUGAAACAAAUAUAUGCUUUUCCAAGAGAAAUGGACAAAUUAUCUUUUUAUUUGUUGUUGUUAUCUCUGCUGAAAGCCUGUGUUACAAUCAUGGGAAUGUAGAGUCUGAAGGACAUCAUGUCCACUAACGUCAUAACAGUGCUCUACUAAAAAGUUGGUACCAAAUAAAGUUAAUGAUGAAU